AUGCCAUCCACCAAGUCCGAGAUUGCGAAGCUGCUUGAGGCUCCUCCGCCCUCGCCUCCGGUCGAGUCACUCAUUGCCGAGGGUUUCAACGAAGAGUUGGGGAACGCUGACAACACCACUCUUCUUCCUCUGGACGCGGGAACGCUGGAGGUUAUAUGCCGGCUGAAUCUUCCCGGUGUUUCGCUUGAGCGGCUUUCCAUCGGCGAAGAGUUUAUCGAUGAACCCCUUGGCUUUGAACAAGUCGUUCACUUCUCCUGCGGUGCCAGCUUCCGUCCGUUUCGGCUCAAGGUAACCCAGUGCAUCAGUCAUGACGGCGCAAUCAGGGCGAUGAAGCGAGCCCUGUGCCUCCUGACCUCACCUCACAAGCUGGGAAACUAUGCAGCCGAGUCCGAGGGUGGAACAAUCAAGAUUUGGACUCGUUGGACGACGGUCGUUCAAGUGAGUUCCGCUUCUGUAGUUCUUAAGGACUUUGAAAAGCCAUGUGUGGACAUCCAAGCCCUGGCUGCCGUACUUGACAAUGCCAUGAAAGUCCACAAGGGAACCAUUGCCAAAGUUCCGAAAGCCGGCCUGCACAAUGACUUCACACUGGCCAACUACUACGAAACCGACAUCAUCAAAGUUAUUUUCGGCGAUGGAAUUCAUCGUCACAGAGAGUACAGAGUGAUUCAGCAUGAGAAGACAUGCGUGGUGGAGGACGAUGUUGCCGGGGAGUACGGUAAUGGCGAUAUUGCCGGAGGUCGCUUCAACUCUCACCUUACGGUUUACCCCGACAAAGAACAUAAAGAAGUUUCGGCAAAGAUUGCUGUUUUGAUGGCGCACAAAACUUCUUUGUGGCCAGUCAGGGAGAAACUCGAUCUGGAAGACGAUUAAGUAGGUCGCCUUUGGGUUGGAUCGUACUUGCAAUGCAUGGUGGAGGGAGCAGGAAACUGGGCUAGUACCUAGUCACGGUUCGGUCACGAUGUUCACCGCUCAGUUGGAAGCGGCUCAUGAGGC